AUUUUAUUUUUGCUAUAUGAUCGCAUUUGGAACUGUAUUUAAAUGCCUCUAAAACAUCUCCAAACUCAAAUUUCUAUUUUGACUCUCUGACUCAUAAAUAUUAAGAAAAUGGCUGAAUCUGAAUAUUCUUCGAGUGAAAAUGCAUCUAUGGACUCCGACUCCAUAGAGGAUCAAAGUAAACAAGAUUUGGAACUUCAAUUCUCAGAAGAUGAGGAAACACUAGUAAUCAGGAUGUUUAAUUUAGUUGGAGAAAGGUGGGGUUUGAUCGCUGGGAGAAUCCCUGGAAGAACAGCCGAGGAGAUUGAGAAAUAUUGGAACACAAGAUACUCAACAAGCCAGUGAAAAAACAUUCUGGGAAUUUUGCUCAAGUUUGGUGGUAGGCAGCAUGAUUAAUUAUGAUGUUAUUGUUAUAACAUAGGAAUGUUGAAUGUAGAUGUAAGUUGGCUGUGUUUCUCGUAUCCUAUCCAUCCCUUCUAUUCCAAUUUUAUUUCCCUCUAGUUUUUAUAAGAAAUUAGUGAAGGAAAAUUAUAUUUAUUUAA